GUUUAACUCAAUCAUGGAAGAAAGAGUAACGUUGAAGAAAGUAAUCACUGUUGUAAAGUUGAGUUUGUUCGUUACGUGGUUUUGGCCGCUACCACAAAGUGCGAGUAAGCGUAAACUCUUGUGCAUGCAGUUGUACCAAUGCGUCAGCUUAUUGUUGACUGCGGCCGUAAUUGCGUCGAUGGUAUACGCUGUUGUUCAAAAUCUAGAUGAUCUCGACCUUGUUAUAAAAUCGGCAUUGGGUGUGUUUCCUUGUAGUCACGUUAUUUGGAACAUUCUGUGCCACUUAGCUAUUUAUCAGCGUAUACAACGCGUUACCUACAAAAUGGAGAAUUUUCGCGCUUUUUUAAAACCUUGCGAAAGAGCGAUUGUUCAGCGAGAAUACGUCAAUAAGUAUGCACAGUUUUAUGGUUUUUGUAUAGGAAUGUUUUACAUGAGUCUGUUUGGCAUGUUUGUGGGACCCGUCGUGCUAGACCAACCGCUUCCAGCACCUGCUGAAUUUCCAUUUGAUGCGUCCCGCCAACCGCUGAGAGUUAUUACGUAUACGCACCAAAUUAUAGUGGGUCUGUUCAUAGCCUCGCAGUUGUCUGUGAACGCCUUUAUGGCGUUGUUACUCUGGUUGGCAUCAGCAAGAUUUAAAUUGUUGAUCGAGGAUUUACGAUCCGUCACAAAGUUCCGUGAUUUUGUAAAGUGCGUCGAAAAGCAUCAGCAAUUACUUGAGUACGCGGGAGAAGUAGCUCUUACAGUUCGUAUCUUUGCGUUAGGAACAAUAUUCUUCAGUACAGUAACAUUACUCGUAUUUGGUCUUAUUUUUGUUACAAGAGCAUCGCCUGCUUUGAAGAUUGAAUGUGUCUUUUUAGCAAUCAGUGCAUUGUUGGAAGUGUUCAUGUAUGCAUGGCCAGCGGAACACUUGAUUCACAUAAGCAGUGAUGUCGGACAGGCAGCGUUCGAAACUGAUUGGUAUAACGAUUGUUCGGAAACUUUUCGAAAAACUUUACAGAUGAUUAUACUACGAAGCCAGAAACCGAUACUUGUUGUAUUGCCAUGCGGUCUGCCAUCGUUGUCUUUACGGUAUUACGCAUCGUAUCUGUCAACUAUAUUUUCUUACUUUACCACAAUGCGAAUGAUGUUUGAAGAGCAAAAUAACGAAUCAUAA